UGAUCAUUGUCUCUAAUGGCGGCCAUUUCUUUAUCCAGUACAGUUCUUCCCUUCCCGAAACUCAACUUAUCAGCCCACAAAGCACACCCCUUUGGAACCUCAAACCCAUCAAAACUCACCCUUUCCACCUCCACCGUCGCCCCCAGAGUCCUCCACUCAAAAGACACCGACUCCUUCACCUCCAUCAUCACCGACCUCGGAAAAGAAAGAGCCCAGAACAAAAAUGAACGGCAGACCGACACCAACAGUACCACUCACGAAAACGAGCGUCGUUUAUCCGAUACUUGGCGGGAACUCCACGGCCAAGACGACUGGGUCGGGUUACUCGAUCCGAUGGACCCGCUCCUCCGAUCGGAGCUCAUCCGCUACGGCGAGAUGGCCCAGGCCUGCUAUGACGCCUUCGACUUCGACCCCUUCUCCAAGUACUGCGGCAGCUGCCGCUUCACGCGCCGCGACUUCUUCGAGUCCCUCGGCAUGGCUCACCAUGGCUACCACGUCUCGCGCUACAUCUACGCCACGUCCAACAUCAACCUCCCCAACUUCUUCAAGAAGUCACGCUGGCCGAAAGUCUGGAGCAAAAACGCCAACUGGAUCGGAUACGUGGCCGUUUCAGACGACGAGACGACAGCCCGCUUGGGCCGCCGCGAUAUCAGCAUCGCGUGGCGGGGCACCGUCACCCGCCUCGAGUGGAUCGUGGACUUAAUGGACUUUCUAAAGCCAGUUUCCUCGAACCGGAUACCUUGCCCGGAUCCCACCUUGAAAGUCGAAUCCGGGUUUCUGGAUCUUUACACCGAUAAAGACGAGACGUGCCGAUUCUGUCAAUACUCGGCGAGGGAGCAGAUUUUAACGGAGAUGAAGCGGUUGGUGGAAAAAUACUCGGACGAGGAAUUGAGCAUCACGAUUACCGGGCACAGCCUUGGGAGCGCGUUGGCAAUUUUGAGCGCGUACGAUAUAACGGAAACGGGUUUGAACGUUACGUCAGACGGGCGUGGGGUGCCCGUAUCCGUAUUGUCGUUUGCGGGUCCUCGGGUCGGGAACGUCCGGUUUAAGGAGCGGCUCGAGUCGCUGGGGGUUAAGGUGUUGAGAGUGGUGAACGUUCACGAUGUGGUCCCUAAGUCGCCCGGUCUGUUCUUUAACGAACACGUGGCGCCGAGGCUUAUGAAGUUGGCCGAGGGCUUGCCGUGGAGCUACACACAUGUCGGGGUGCAACUUGAGUUGGAUCACAAACACUCGCCAUUUUUGAAGCCGACUAAUGACCCAGUUGGCGCGCAUAAUUUGGAGGCUCACUUGCAUUUGCUCGAUGGGUACCAUGGGAAAGGGCACAGAUUUGUGCUUGCCAGUGGAAGAGACCCAGCAUUAGUGAACAAAGCCUGUGAUUUUCUGAAAGAUCAUUACUUGGUUCCACCUUACUGGAGGCAGGACGAGAACAAGGGCAUGGUGAGGAGCAAGGACGGCCGUUGGAUCCAGCCUGAACGCCCGAAACUCGACGACGAUCAUCACCCCGAAGACAUACACCACCAUCUCAAGCAGUUAGGCCUUGCUUCUGACCAUUAAUUAGCAAUUAGCAAUCCGAUCUUCUUCAUCUGUUUAGUGGGGUUUAUAUGAAGAUUGUUAAUGUUUGGUUUUUAGCGAAAAAAUGUAAUAAAACGUAGAGUGCUGUUACGGUGCACGAAAUUUCAAUACACAUACCAUUUCGUCAAUAAUAAUCUCAAAAGAAAAGAGAACCAUUGCUGUA